CCAACACCCACCUUUAGCUGCAGUUCAACGAAAACACUGCCGGUUCUUCCUCCGGUAGUGAAACCAGAGGCACCGUCGUCAUUAUAUGCCAUGGUGACGCGGAAUGCCACCCAUCCGCCCUUGAUGAAUCCAUUCACUCUUACUCAAGCGUCGCCAUUUAAGGAACAAAAACAUUGGCGUCCUCCAAGUCAGUCAAUUGGGAACAACUUUUCUCCUGCUGCUGCUGAUAUAUCGCUUAACAAGCUUGCUCGCGUGAGUGAUAUAUCGCAUAAAGUAAGCUCCCGUGUCGUUUGCCGAGAAGAACAAGAGAAGGGGGGUCCUAGUCGGCCGAUGUCUCCCGAACAACAACUUUUGGAGAUGAAAGCCCUUGAGGCAGACAGGGCUGCAGCUCGAGGCCUGCCUUCCGAGAGAGAUCUUGAGCGUUACACAUACUAUAUCAACAAAGGCAUCCCGGAUGAUAUGUUAGCCCCUCCACCGGAGCAGUUAUGGAAGAAACUGGAUGAGUAUACUCCAAGAAAGCUCGUUUCUGCGUGGCCAAAUCUUGCUUCAGAAUUGCGCAGCGAAAUACGUACUGAUUACAAUUAUUCAUUACGGAAAUCCAUUGUGGAUUACAUCUUAUUGGACCCAGAGGAAAGGAAACGUUUGUUUAUUCAAUGGUUACCCAUUCCUUAUCCAAGUUAUGUCGUUCGCUCCCCGGUACCAUGGCAUACCAAAAAGCGUCAGGCUUCCCAAUUUUGCCAGCGCAGUCUAUUCCUACCUUCGGAGCUCACACUGGAAAUCCAGAAUAUAUGGCAAGAUGAGUUCGCUCAACUCCGAUUCGUUGAGGUUGACAAAAUCAGAGAAUUAGAUGCGCCCCUUGAACCCGAGGCCUUCGAGGGAAUCAUCGUCUCACACUGCAAGAAAACCAGAGACAUACUGCGCACAAACUGGAUUCCAAAAUGUGCGCGAGCUUUCAUUGAUCAUCGGAACACCUGGGCCCACUUACUGCCAGCCAAGUCUACUGACAGUAUGGAACCUGUUAGGUCCUUCUUCGCAUGCAUGGCAGCAUUGAUGUCAAAACAGCUACGCUCUAUUGUGGAUCAGUCACUGAAGGAUUUGUUGGAGAUGUUGCAAGAACAUCAGGCAGAACCAAAGAUUGUAUUCUCACCGAGCUUUCGUGAGACCCGGGACUGUCUGCUUCGCUGUUUUCAAGCUAUCACCGAUGCUGCUGAAGAACUCCCGCGGGUCGAAGUCGAGAUCUUCCCUGCAUUGGCCAAUGACCACCACUUUCUGCGAUCCGUUUCGUUUCGUGAACAGCUCGUUAUAGAAUACACAGACAAAGCUAUGACCGUGUUUCGUGCCAACUCAAUUGGGCCAAAAGACUACUUGGACAUUUAUAAGCCGUAUGGGAACUUGUUGAAUAACAAGGCAGAACUGGAGUUGCGCAAUUUUCUCAAAGAGCGUCACACGUUGUUGGCGGUGAAGAAGAAAAUCGAAGCUUUCCAGGACUUGCGGGCCGAGAUUACGAUGCUCCGGCUCACCGUUCCGUUGAGUCUAUUCUGUGUGGACUGCAAAAGUGUGAACGAGGAACUGGCCAAUCGGGCGUGGAAAUUGAGGGACAUUUUGGUCUCAUUCGAACUCGAUGAGAACCGAGACGUCAAUCGCAGCAUCUGCCGACGAUAUGAUGAGAUCAUGAACCGCCUGAGCGAAACGCCGCCUGACACAGAGAGUCUAGUCCAGCUUCAGGCCUACAUGCGCGAAGUAAACAACACCAUGGUGUUCAAACUUAAGGAGGAAGUGGCGGAUGCAGCGGAACGACUUAACUUCCUCUUGGAUUACGCUUUCCUAUCACAGGAUGAUAUCAAACUGAACUCCACCCUAUUCUACUGGCCCGAACACAUUCUCAGCGUGCUGGAUGUGACCACCACACGCGUGAACAUGCUUCGCGAGAAUGCAGAGGAAGAUCUGAAACAUCGGACAGUCACGCUGGAACAACGCAUUCUGAACUGCUGGGAUCGGAUUACAGCCAUGCGCAAACGAGAGGGUAUUACGCAAGAGGAAAUGGUUAAAUCAGUCCAGCUGUUGGAUGAAUUUCUGGUUGAACUGGAGACUUUAAUAUCGGACGCAGAACAAGUGAAUAAGGAGGAAGCCCUCGUACAAUGGGAUCCAACUCAGUUUCCUCAGCUUGUUGAGCUCCGGCGACAAAUGGAUCCGUUCGACCGUCUAUGGCGUACCGCCCUCGAUUUUGAUACAUGCAACAAGAACUGGCUCCAGGCGCCUUAUCACACUUUGAGUGCAUAUGAAAUUGAGGCGCACGUGUCAGAAAUGUAUAAAACGAUGCACAAGCUAACAAAGGUCUUCGUUGAUCUUCCCGGACCGUCCAAAGUGGCGCAGAAAAUGAAGGCCAAAAUUAUCAAAUUCCAACAGUUCCUUCCCGUCAUCCACGUUGUUUGCAAUCCGGGCAUACAACCACGACAUUGGGACCAAAUGAGUGAUAUUGUGGGCUUCGACAUUAAACCACAGUCCGACACACAGCUAAUCGUUUUCCUAGAAUACGGGUUGAACGAAUUUUUGGAACAACUUGAAGAAGUUGGUGCAGCUGCUGCGAAAGAACACCAGCUGGAAACCACAAUGGCGAAAAUGAAGGAGGAAUGGCGGCUCAUGCGGUUUGAACUGCUCCCUUACAGAGAUACUGGUAUUUCAAUCUUGUCGGCCAUCGAUGACAUUCAAGUUCUGCUGGAUGACCACAUAAUCAAAGCGCAGACAAUGAGGAACUCCCCGUAUAUCAAACCAUUUGAGAAAGAAAUGGUUGCCUGGGAGACCAAACUCAUAUUGAUGAAUGAUAUUUUGGAUGUCUGGCUCAAGGUACAAGCCACCUGGUUAUACCUAGAACCCAUCUUCUCUUCCGAAGAUAUACUUGCACAAAUGCCCGAGGAAGGUCGAAAAUUUGGUGUGGUAGACGUGAUCUGGCGAGAGAUCAUGACUGAGGCCGCUGUUAACCCUAGCUGCUUGGUGGCUACAGAUCAACGUGACAUGCUACGGCGUCUAACAGACGCAUAUAUCUUGUUGGAAGAGAUCCAGAAGGGCUUGAAUGACUACCUCGAGAAGAAACGGCUUUACUUCCCUCGCUUCUUUUUCCUUUCCAAUGAUGAGCUAUUGGAAAUCCUAUCCGAAACGAAAGAUCCGCAACGUGUACAACCUCAUUUGAAAAAGUGCUUCGAAGGUAAGUUGGCUCUGCUUGGGGAAAAAACCAAUUGUAUUCCAGGUAUCAACCGUCUUUCCUUCACGGAACAGCAAGAAAUUAUUGGAAUGAUAUCUGCCGAGGGUGAAACCGUGCCGUUUGUAACCAAAAUUUACCCUGCAAAAGCCAAGGGUAUGGUCGAAAAAUGGCUUCUCCAGGUCGAAGAUGUCAUGUUGAGCAGCCUGAGAAAAGUUAUUUCCGACAGUAUCUACGGUUAUUCAGCAACACAACGAGAGAAAUGGGUGCUUGACUGGCCUGGGCAGGUCGUCAUUUGUGUAUCGUGCAUUUACUGGACAGAGGAAGUCCAAGAGGCAAUGGGUCACAAUGCGUUGGCCAGCUAUAAAGAAAAGUGCGACAAACAAAUUGAUGACAUUGUACGACUGGUUCGAGGCCCGUUGUCCAGUGGAGAACGAAUCACUUUGGGUGCUCUGAUUGUGGUCGAUGUACAUGGCAAUUACGAAUAUUUGGGAAACACGCCACGCCUGGUUAUCACCCCACUAACAGACCGUUGCUACCGCACCCUGAUGGGUGCGAUCAAACUGAACCUGGGUGGUGCACCAGAGGGUCCUGCGGGUACGGGAAAAACGGAAACCUCAAAGGACUUAGCCAAAGCUGUUGCUAAACAAUGUGUUGUGUUCAACUGCUCCGAUGGCCUUGACUACCGUGCCAUGAGCAAAUUUUUCAAAGGACUCGCGCAGUCUGGUGCUUGGGCCUGUUUUGAUGAAUUCAAUCGCAUUGAUUUGGAAGUCUUGUCGGUGGUGGCCCAACAGAUCUUCUGCAUCCAGUCAGCCAUUAGUGCUGGACUAAAACGUUUUGUGUUCGAGGGCACGGAACUCAGCUUGAAUCCGACAUGCACCAUGUUCAUUACGAUGAAUCCAGGAUAUGCAGGGCGGCAAGAACUGCCAGACAAUUUGAAGGUACUGUUCCGUUCGGUUGCUAUGAUGGUCCCAGAUUACGCUCUCAUUGGCGAAAUUUCCCUGUAUUCCAUGGGAUUCAUUGAUGCACGAUCCCUUGCAAGUAAAAUCGUGGCCACUUACAGACUGUGCUCAGAGCAGCUAUCAUCUCAACAUCAUUACGAUUACGGCAUGCGAGCUGUCAAGUCCGUCCUGACAGCAGCUGGGAAUUUACGACAAAAGUAUCUGGAGGAAGAUGAAUCUGUACUUUUGCUGAAAGCCAUAAACGAUGUCAAUUUGCCGAAAUUCCUCUCACAGGACAUUCCUUUGUUUGAGGGGAUCAUUUCUGACCUGUUUCCCGGUGUUGACCUACCAACGGGUGAUUACGAUACAUUUCUGACUGUGAUGGCUCAACGUUUGGAACGACGUCAACUACAACCCGUACCCUGGUACCGGGAUAAAAUUCUACAAAUCUAUGAAAUGAUCUUGGUACGCCACGGUCUGAUGAUUGUCGGGGAUCCUCUGAGUGGGAAGACACAAGCCUACAAGACGUUGGCCGACACGCUGACACAACUUGCGGAGACGGGGUUGAUGGAAACUGAACAUCCGGUGAAAUACGGAAUCAUCAAUCCAAAAGCCAUCACGAUGGGGCAGCUGUACGGUCAGUUUGAUCAGGUUUCCCACGAGUGGUCGGACGGAAUUCUCGCAGUCAUGUUUCGAGAGUUUGCCAUCGCACAGGAUUCGAAACGGCGCUGGAUCCUAUUUGAUGGACCUGUUGAUGCCGUUUGGAUUGAAAAUAUGAACACGGUGUUAGACGAUAACAAAAAGUUAUGUCUGAUGUCCGGUGAGAUCAUUCAAAUGUCCUCACUGAUGAAUCUGAUCUUUGAACCAGCCGACUUGGAACAGGCUAGCCCAGCGACCGUUUCACGAUGUGGGAUGAUCUACAUGGAACCUACUCAGCUAGGAUGGCGACCAAUGGUGAGGUCGUAUAUUCAGUAUAAAAUACCCGAAUGCAUGGGAGCGGAACUGAUAGAACUGAUCGAUGACCUUUUCGAGUGGUUGGUUGACCCAUGCUUGGCUUUCGUUCGCUCCAACUGUCGUCAGCUGUUCCCCGUUCCCGAUUUACAUGCGGUCAAACAGCUGAUAGUUUUGUUCGACUGCCUUCUGGGUGAGAUUCGGCAAUGGGCCAUUGAUGAACAAGCUGCCCAGGCAGCUGAAGCGCCGCCUAAUCCACAGCAAACGAUGUCUGCACAAACAGUCUACCUACAAAUACAAGCUCUGUUCCUGUUCUCCAUCGUGUGGAGCAUUGGUAGCGCAUUGCCAACUGAGUCUCGUGUACGGUUUGACACAUUCUUCCGUGACCUGGUGUCCGGUGUGAAUUCGGAACAUCCCAAACCGAAGACUAUCAAACUAACAAAGGGUAACUCGGUGCCUGAACGAUUGACCGUGUACGAUUUCUGGUUCGACAAACGAUCCGCAGGCUCGUGGCAGGAGUGGAGCCAAUUUAUUCUACCCUCAUCGGAACCGAUACCCAAGACCGAGGGGAUAGAUGGCGGUGAAAAUGCCGGCUCCCCGGCAUCUCCCAUCCCACAGAACGAAUCUGACUCCAGUGAGAUUAUUGUGACAACAAUAGAAACAGCACGAAUGAACUUCUUCCUCAAUUUGUACACCAUCAAUCGGAUCCCAUUGCUGUUGGUGGGACCUACUGGUACCGGGAAAACAGCGAUUGCAAACGGCUAUCUCGUGAGUUUGCCCAAAGAUAAAUACAUUCCAAAUACGCUCAGUUUCUCGGCACGCACCAGCGCCAAUCAAACUCAAGACAUAAUCAUGUCCCGACUAGAUCGACGUCGAAAAGGGGUUUAUGGUCCACCGCCUGGAAAAGAGUGUAUCGUGUUUGUAGACGAUCUGAACAUGCCAAUGAAGGAGAAGUACGGAGCUCAACCGCCUAUUGAAUUGCUACGCAUGUGGAUGGAUCAUGGGCAUUGGUACGAUCGUAAAGACAAUACGAAACAAAUUUUGGCAGAUGUGCGUAUGAUCGCUGCAAUGGGUCCUCCCGGUGGUGGUCGUAAUGAUAUCACCUCACGACUGACACGCCACCUGAAUGUUUUGGGCGUGAACGAGUUUGAUGACAACACAAUGUUACGCAUUUUCUCAAACAUUGUGGACGCUCACUUCAGCAAAGGAUUCGAACCACAAUUUCAGCGGCUGGGCAAAAUUAUGGUACAAGCUACGCUGCAAGUUUACAAACAAACAAUGCAGAGCUUCCUCCCAACACCAGCCAAGUCACACUAUGUUUUCAAUCUGCGAGACUUUGCCCGGGUUAUCCGUGGUGUUCAACUGGUGCCGCACACACACUUGACCGAACAGGAAAAGCUUAUGCGCCUGUGGGUUCACGAAGUCUAUCGCGUCUUUUAUGAUCGACUUAUCUUCCCUGAAGACGAGACAAAGUUUUUUGAAAUUGUUCGUCAAACAUGCUCGGAUUGCUUCCGCACCAAUAUGGACAAAGUAUUGGGUCACUUGAGCCUCAGUGGUCGUGUGUCUGUCGAAGAUGUUCGUGGCCUGUUGUUUGGUAAUUACAUGCAAGAUGAUAAUAUCUACGAUGAGGUGACCGACGCGAAACAACUAACAGCCCGAAUGGAAGGCUAUCUGGAAGACUAUAACUCUUUGUCCAAAACCCCAAUGAAUUUGGUCAUGUUCAAAUUUGCCAUUGAGCAUAUCAGUCGCGUGAGUCGCGUGCUGCAACAAGAAAGUGGACAUGCUUUGCUUGUUGACAAUAUACUCAAAACUUUGAUGGAAUUUAGUAUGCCUUCUACACACAACAUGCACUUUCAUUGGUUGAUUUUAGGUGUUGGAGGCAGUGGCCGACAAAGUGCAACUAGGUUGGCUACCCACAUCAAUGACUAUGAUUUGUUUGUUAUUGAAAUUACGAGGAAUUACGGGGUGAAUGAAUGGCGCGAGGACUUGAAACGCCUCAUGAUAAAAACCGGAUGUGACGGCCGGUCCACCGUCUUCCUGAUUAGUGAUAGCCAGUUGAAGGAAGAAUCGUUCAUGGAAGAUAUUUCGAUGCUGCUCAAUUGCGGUGACGUUCCAAACCUGUUUCCGCCAGAUGAAAAAGCUGAAGUUAUUGACAAGGUCCAGGUUCACGCACGAAACGAGGUCUGGCCUGAAGAUGCUCUGGAGAUGGUUGCAAACAAGUACUUUGAAGAGAUCGAAUUUGCUGACAACACCCGAGAGUCUUCUGUCUAUCUAUGCAAGUACUUUCAUGAAAGUGUACGAAAACUUUCGGAAAGGUUCUUGGAAGUAUUGCGGAGACAUAGCUAUGUCACACCAACCUCAUAUUUGGAAAUGAUUCUCACUUUCAAGAAGCUUUUAACCAGAAAACGUGCAGAACUCACCACGAUGCGCAAUCGCUACCUGACCGGUUUGCAAAAGUUGGAAUUCGCAGCCAGUGAGGUUGGGAAAAUGCAAAUCGAGCUUCGUAAUUUACAGCCUCUGCUGAUGGAAACCAGUGCAGAGACGGAUAUUCUCCUGCGAAAAAUUGCUCAGGACUCAGUGGAAGUGGAGGCCCAGAGAGAGGUUGUGGCCGCGGAUCAAUUGAUGGCAAACCAGGCCGCAGCGGCCUCAAAGGCGAUCAAGGAUGAGUGUGAAGCUGAUUUGGCGGAAGCGAUGCCUAUUCUGAAAGAUGCACUGGCAUCUCUUGAUACACUCAAGCAAAGUGAUAUCACCCUCGUAAAGUCCAUGAAGAAUCCACCCAACGUGGUCAAGUUGGUAAUGGAGGCCGUCUGCAUCAUGCUGGGGGAAAAACCAGAUCGCCGACCGGAUGGAACUGGUCGGAUGACCGAAGACUUUUGGGGACCUUCACUGAAACUACUGGGUGAUCUGAAAUUUCUCGACCGUCUGCGUAAUUACAACAUUGAUCAUAUUCCACCACUUGUGAUCAAAAAGAUACGUGACAACUAUAUUCCGAACACAGAUUUCGAUCCAAAAAUUGUGCGCAAUGCGAGUACGGCUUGCGAAGGACUGUGCAAAUGGAUUAUUGCGUUGGACAAAUACGAUGCGGUGGCGAAAAUUGUAGCCCCAAAAAAAGAGAAACUGGCAGUUGCUGAAGCCGAAUUGGAAUUGCAGAUGGCCAGGUUGGCGGAAAAGAAAGCGGCUCUGGAUGAAGUACAGGCCAAAUUCCAGGCUCUUCAGGAUCAACUGGACGAAAUGCAAACCAAGAAACAGGAUCUGGAAGAUAAUAUCGAGUUGUGCAGUAAGAAACUUGAUCGAGCAGAGAAAUUAAUAAGUGGACUGGGAGGAGAGAAGACUCGAUGGACAGACGCAGCUGCCAUGCUGAAGCACCGUUACCACAAUAUCAUCGGAGAUGUGUUGCUGAGUGCUGGAGUGGUUGCCUACCUGGGACCAUUCACCGUGGACUUUCGAGCCGGAAUUUCACAGGAAUGGCACGAACUGUGUAUCAAAUUGGAAGUUCCUUGCUCUGAAGUGUUUCGUAUCGCGGACACGCUUGGAGAUCCAGUGAAGAUACGGAGUUGGAAUAUUGCCGGAUUGCCAGUCGACAGCUUCUCGAUCGACAACGGGAUAAUUGUGACAAAUUCUGAUCGUUGGUCACUAUGCAUCGACCCACAAGGUCAAGCGAACAAGUGGAUAAAAAACAUGGAGAAAAGCCGUGAACUGAAUGUGGUCAAACUGAGCGACGCGAAUUACCUGCGCACAUUGGAAAAUGCCAUUCAGUUCGGCAUGCCAGUUCUCAUGGAAAACGUCGGUGAACAAUUGGAUCCUGUUCUGGAACCAAUAUUACAGCGUAUCGUUUUCAAAUCACAGGGUGCCCUAUAUAUGCGACUAGGCGAUAAUGUGAUUGAAUACCAUCCAGAUUUUCGGUUCUACAUCACCACUCGGUUACGUAAUCCGCACUAUUUACCAGAAGUGUCUGUCAAAGUGUGUCUGAUCAACUUCAUGAUCACCCCACUAGGAUUAGGGGAUCAACUUUUGGGUCUGGUCACAGCGGCGGAAAAGCCAGAACUGGAAGCCACCAAAAACGAACUGAUUGUUACUUCGGCCGACAACAAGCGACAACUCAAAGAAUUGGAGGACAAAAUUCUCGAAGUACUGAGUGUUUCUCAGGGUAAUAUUCUAGAGAAUGAAACUGCAAUCAACGUGUUGAGUUCAUCUAAAAAGUUGAGUGAGGAGAUCACAGAGAAACAGGUUAUCGCAGAGGCAACCCAACUGGAAAUUGAUGCUGCGCGAAAUGCAUACAAGCCAGUGGCCGAGCACGGAUCACUCUUGUUCUUCUGCAUAUCGGAUCUAAACAACAUUGAUCCAAUGUACCAGUAUUCCCUUAACUGGUUCAUCAAUCUGUUUUUAUCCUCUAUCGCCAACAGUGAGAAAUCAAACGUUUUAGAAGAACGCAUAGAACUACUGAACAAUUACUUCACCAACAGCGUCUAUCGGAACAUUUGUCGUUCCCUGUUCGAAAACCACAAACUGCUCUUUUCAUUGCUGAUGUGCUACGCCCUAAUGAAAAGCAAGAACAAGGUGGAUGAGACCGUUUGGCGGUUCCUACUCACCGGAGGCGUUGCGCUGGAUAACCCGCAUCCCAACCCAGCACCCAGUUGGUUAUCGGACAAAUGCUGGGCUGAAGUUGUUCGCGCUUCAGAGCUACCCGGUUUUGACGGCUUCAUGAAAGAUGUCCAAAACAGACCUGAAGAGUGGAGAGAAAUGUACGACAGUAUGGAGCCCCACAAGUUUGUUGCCCCAGGCAAAUUCGGUCGGCUUGCGGGACUGGAGAAACUGACCGUUUUACGGUGUAUCAGGCCAGAUAAGGUUGUUCCGGGAGUUCAGGAUUUCAUUGCGGAGAACAUGGGUGCCACCUUCAUUGAACCACCAACGUUUGAUCUGGCUGGAUCUUUUGCCGAUUCCAACUGUUGUUCCCCGCUAAUUUUUAUCUUAUCCCCGGGAGCUGAUCCGAUGAAUGCCCUAAUCCGGUUCGGUGCAGAUAUGGGUUAUACGGGAGAUAGAAUUCAGACAAUAUCUUUAGGACAAGGGCAAGGACCAAUCGCCGCAAAGAUGAUCAGUCAAGGCACUGAAGAUGGGACAUGGAUUGUGUUGCAGAAUUGUCAUCUUGCAGUAAGCUGGAUGCCAGCGCUGGAGAAAAUAUGCGAAGAGAUCAUCGUGCCUAGUAAAGUACACACUAAUUUUCGUCUGUGGUUGACCAGUUAUCCGUCAAAUGAUUUUCCGGUGACCAUACUUGAAAACGGCGUCAAAAUGACGAACGAACCUCCAAAGGGUCUGCGAUCUAACCUCUUACGAUCCUAUCUGAACGAUCCUAUUUCUGACCCAUCCUUCUUCGACGGUUGCUCCAAGGGCCCAAUCUGGCACAAAAUGCUGUUCGGUCUGUGCUUCUUUCAUGCCCUGGUUCAAGAACGACGCAAAUUCGGUCCACUGGGAUGGAAUGUGCCGUACGAGUUCAACGAAUCUGAUUUGCGUAUCAGUGUGCGACAAAUGCAGAUGUUCCUUGAUCAGUAUGAUGAACUACCUCUGGAAGCGCUGACGUAUCUUACUGGAGAGUGUAACUACGGUGGUCGCGUGACAGACGACAAGGACCGUCGAUUACUUAUUUCUCUUCUUGGCAUAUUCUACAACCGGCGAAUUGUUGAGGAAGACAGAUAUAAAUUAUCAAGCUCGGGCAUCUACUACUGUCCCCCAGAUGGCCCACACAGCGAGUUUGUUGAAUAUAUUCGACAACUACCAAUCAAUCCACUUCCUGAAGUUUACGGCCUACAUGACAAUGCCGAUAUCACUAAGGACAAUCAAGAAACAUUCCAGCUGUUUUCUGGCGUGCUACUGACGCUCCCGAGACAGCAAGGAGGAUCGGGUAAAUCUUCUGAGACGACCGUGCUUGAGCUUGCUGCUGAUAUCCUUUCCAAAUUGCCACCUGAUUUUGACCUCAAAGAGGUGAUCCAACGGUAUCCGGUCGUCUACAAGGAGUCUAUGAACACGGUCCUCCGCCAAGAGUUGAUUCGAUUCAAUCGACUCACUGCAGUCGUGCGGUCGACUUUACUCGACCUGAAGAAGGCGAUCAAAGGUUUGGUCGUCAUGUCGGCCGACCUGGAGGAUAUUUUCAACUCCAUGUUGGUCGGCAAACUCCCGAGCGUCUGGGCCGCCAAGUCAUUCCCCUCGCUGAAGCCACUGGGGAGUUACAUUCAGGAUCUGGUGCUCAGGCUCAAAUUCUUCGCCGACUGGCUCACUUACGACUCGCCUCCAGUGUUUUGGAUUUCCGGGUUUUACUUUACACAAUCCUUCCUGACCGGCGUGUUGCAAAACUACGCGAGGAAAUACACCAUUCCAAUAGACACACUGGGCUUCAGUUUUGCAGUGACCGAUCGGUACUUCAACCAUACCAGUCUUUUGGAAAAUGCUCCCUCUGUGCCUGAAUUCAUCCCACGACCGCCCCCAACCAGACGUACCUCGGUGGUCAGCGUGAUUCAAAUGCCACUUAUCAAGACAAGACCAACGGAACAAUUCGAGGGGUUUGCCAAACCGGAGGAUGGAGCCUUUAUAUCCGGCUUAUUUUUGGAAGGAGGCCGUUGGGAUCCGGUAGAGGGUCAAUUGGCAGAAUCAAAGCCGAAGAUUUUGUUUGAUACGAUACCAGUGAUUUGGCUCAGACCAGAGAAACUAUCUAAUAUCAAUGUGGAAGGAACUUACGCAUGUCCAGUCUACAAGACAUCAGCCCGCCGCGGAGUACUGUCAACAACCGGUCACUCCACAAACUUCGUCCAAUACAUCCAACUAAAAACUGCCCUGCCCGAACAACACUGGAUCAAUCGGGGCGUUGCUGCCCUAUGCCAGUUGGACGACUGAAUUGGCCGAACUCAAGAGCGAAACACGAGCACAAUCAUCAUCAUCAUCACUGUUGUCUUCCCAUUAGAGUAUCCACUCAUUUUCGCACAGAAACUCUAUGCUAAAUACCUACAGAUUCGAACCCGAUUCCAGAUGUGGAAAUUUACUUUUCUCAUUCAUUCAACUUUCCUAUGACCAAAGGCGUUUGCAGUAGUUACAGCGCUCAAGUCACCACGGUGUCCGUGACAGAAAUACAUCAUUCGCAACACGCGAAAACAACCUCCACUGCGAUCCUUCAACACUUUCAAGCCAUGAAAUAAACUCAGUGACCUAGAUUAAGUUUUAUGAGGAUAGAAGGUUUGUAGUGGGUAGUUAAAUUUUCAAUCAGAUGCAGAGCCUA